GAUCCAUCCACCGCAACGAGCCUCUCCCACUCCUGCAACGCUCCGAGCGAAAGGCGCGAAUUUUUGGUUCUUCAGUCUUCACGUUAAAACACCCCACGUAUCUUAUCUUCGCGUGCCGUUUUUGUGCUCGAUCGCGUACGUGCAUACGUACAGAUAUAUACGCUGAUCACCAGAGCGGCAAAACCAGGGCGAUGUACUCUAACAAAUACGAUGGGCCCAAACGGGGAAGGUCUUUUGACUCGGUCAACACUAACUUUGACGAGAAACAACUCCACAACGAGUUGAACAAAUCUGCCUACGGGCGGCAGAAGGAGGACAACAAGGAGAGCUGGGCCAACGGCUCCGGCGAGAGGGGCCGCGCUGCCGUCGUCUUCUCGCUCAAGAACGACAUCGGCGGACUCGUCAAGGCCCUCAAACUCUUUCAGGAGAAACACGUCAACCUGAUGCACAUCGAGUCGCGCAAGUCGAAGCGACGCAACUCGGAGUUCGAGAUCUUCGUGGACUGCGACAGCAACCGCGAGCAGCUGGGGGAGCUCAUGCAGCUGCUGCGCUCGCACGCGUGCAACAUCGUGUCCAUGUCGGGACCCGCGAACCACUGCGACGUGGGGCCUCAAGAUCUUGAUGGCGUGCCCUGGUUCCCAAAGAAGAUUUCUGACCUCGAUCAUUCGUCAAACAAAGUGCUCAUGUACGGAGCUGAUCUGGAUGCCGAUCACCCGGGCUUCAAGGACAACGUCUAUCGCAAGAGAAGGAAGCAUUUCGCGGACAUUGCACUUAACUACAAGCACGGCGAGCCGAUCCCUCGCAUCGAGUACACGGAGGAGGAGGUGCGGACCUGGGCGACCGUGUUCCGUGAGCUCACGAAGCUCUACCCGACUCACGCCUGCCGCGAGUACCUCAAGAACCUGCCGCUGCUCACGAAGCAUUGCGGCUACCGUGACGACAACAUCCCGCAGCUGGAGGACGUGUCCCGCUUUCUGAAGGAGCGCUCUGGGUUCACUAUCCGGCCGGUGGCCGGGUAUCUGUCUCCGCGGGAUUUCCUGGCCGGGCUGGCAUUCCGCGUGUUUCACUGCACGCAGUACGUGCGCCACAGCUCCGAUCCGCUCUACACCCCGGAGCCGGACACGUGCCACGAGCUGCUGGGCCACGUGCCACUGCUGGCUGAGCCGAGCUUCGCGCAGUUCUCCCAGGAGAUCGGCCUCGCCUCGCUCGGUGCCUCGGACGAAGCCGUGCAGAAGCUUGCCACGUGUUACUUCUUCACUGUGGAGUUUGGGCUCUGCAAACAAGAUGGCCAGCUGAGAGCCUACGGGGCUGGCCUGCUCUCCUCCAUCAGCGAGCUGAAGCACGCGCUGUCCGAGAAUGCAAAGGUGAAGGGCUUCGACCCGAAGGUGACGUGCAAGCAGGAGUGUCUCAUCACCACCUUCCAGGACAUCUACUUCGUCUCCGAGAGCUUUGAGGAGGCAAAGGAAAAAAUGAGGGAGUUCGCCAAGACCAUUAAACGGAACUUCACGGUGCGCUACAACCCAUACACGCAGACCAUUGAGGUGCUCAAAGACACCAGGAUGAUCGCCGAGAUGGUGAAGGAGCUGCGGGCCGAGCUGGACACGGUCAGCGACGCUCUGCACCGGCUCAACAAGCACUACGGCGUGUAGGGGACGUGUCGCGCCAGUGUCUGCAUGGGGGGGGGGAGGGGGGUGAGAGGGCACAUGCGCGUCCUCUCACAAAGAACUACAACACUGACACUGGUGGACUUUGUGAUAGGCAAAGGUAGGCAGGAGCUUCUGGCCUUCACGGGGUGCAGGUGCAUGGGGGAGGGUGAGCAGAACUUUGUGGUAGGAUAGGGUGAGCGGCUCGGAGGUUUGGCGCGACUGUGGGCAUCGCGGUGGUGAGAUGUUUACUACCUCGCCUGGUAUGCAGGAGGUCGUGGGUUUGAUCUCGACCCUGACGCCUGCUGCAUAUUUGGAGUUUGCAUGUUCUCCCUGUGGCCACGUGGAUUUUUAUCCGGGUCAUUCGGGUUUUCCUAUUUAGAAGCGUGCAUUUAGAGUAUUUGGCUGAUAUAAAUUUCCACGUGAUAAGUCACUUCGUUGAGCUAUCAUUUGUGGCCAGGUCGCUUCUGCAAAAGAGCUUCACAGCUGAGUGGGCCAUACCUGGUAAAAUAAAAUAUUGUUUAGUUUAGAAUUGGCCAGGAGUAACUUGCAAAUGUAAUCAGGAAGAGGUCAAGAAGUAAUAUGUGGAGUAUGUGUGCAGGGUGGAGGUGGUAGGGUUGCCAAGACAGGCAGGCAUUGGAGGGGCGCCCAGAGGUCAGUGACCAAAAUGUAAAUGCCAGAUGAGACUUUAAGAGCAGAGUAUGGAGGUCAAUCGGUCAGCUGUGGGAUCCAGCAGAAGGAAGUAAUGGCCUCGUGUGGUUUACAUCAACAGCAGUGGUCCUAAUGACCUUGUCACAUUCAUACAGUCGGUAAUAGAGUUGUUAAAAAUAAUUAUUUUAGCGUUACCGAUAAUCCCCAUGCAAAAAACACGUACAAAGCCAGUGAUCGUUUGUGCCGCACUUUCAGAAAUACGCGGCAAACCGCAGGCUGCAACGUUGGGCCCCAGGAUAAAUGAGUAAAGAGAAGUCGUGUACAACUAGUGCACAAUUGGAGGUCUCCGUUGGAGGGGUACAACUGGAAAACACAGCAGGGUUGCUGUGUACCUAGGGCAGCUGUGGGAAGGCGAUCCGGGUUAAAAAUUCUGAAAUAUAGAGGCAGAUGACAGCAGAUUUUUGGAAAACUGAAGUUAAGAAUGAAAAGCAACGUACCAAUGUGCCUAAAAGGGAACGUUUAUUUUUAAACUACAUAUUCAUGUAUCACUUGGUUUGACCUUUGGAUUAGAAACGGACAUUGACAAAGACAAUGGAAGAAAAACCGUAAUGGUUUAACCACAAAAAGCAUGGAGAGAUGCACGCUUGGAAUUACUCCGAGAGACAGAAAGACGAGCGCGCUGAUAUUCAUAUUUAUCGAUGAAAUCAACGUGUGGUUACGCCUCUCUUGCCGAACCGAAUUAUCUACUGUAUAGCGAGGUGGGUUGUUGACUUGGGUAGCUGCAGGAAUGGCGGUGCAUGGCUGUAGCGCAGCAACUAUAACGGCAGGGUUGGUGACAUUAAUCGAAUAUGCAUAACACAAAGGUGGUUGUGUUAUUAUUGCAGUUCUAUAUUGGUGUAAUUGCCUAUUACAAUUGCCUACUAUUUUAUUCAUCACAAAGUCCACCAACGACAGUCCUACAAUUUGCUGCUAAAUAUACUCAUUUGUUUUGUUGAUUGAAAAGAUUGUUUUUAUUUUUUAGUAGAUAAUCAUUCUUAUUUUCAUAAAAUAGAAUUUUUAUUUUGUAAUGGGAAUAGAAACUUUCAUUUUCCCUCCAGUUAAAGAUUCAUGCACACUCAGCAUCCACAACUGUUUUCAUCUCGCCCUGAUUGCUCACCAGUCGAUGUCAGGAGCAAUUUCAUUCCUGGAUCAUUACCACUGCACACCUAUCAGAUAAAGAUACGAUACAGGGUGCUUCAAAAAAAUGUUAACACUUCUGAGAAUUUGCAACAUUACCACAAGAAAUGUGCCUCCGGGCACUAGAGACCACCUGGAGAAGAUUCCAGGCACGCGUGUUGACAAUGAUGGCGAACACGUGGAGACUCUUUGACUUUUUGAAGUUAUUAACAUCACAUUUGUUAUCAUGUCACCGUGUAUUAUCCGUUCUUUUUCCAUAAUAAGUGUUAACAUUUUUUUGAAGAACUCUCAUUAUUUUUUAUUUAUUUAAAGUGUUGGCAUUAUACACACCCAUCACACGUGCAGGCAUGUACAUAAACCCACAACGCACACUACAUAAUGCUUAAGCAUAUUCUGCAUCCCAUCAUUAUUUAUUUUUUGCCAUUCAUAUUUUGGCAUCUUUUUAGGCUUACACACUCGUACACAACUUAUAGUCUGAAGCCCUAACUCACCUGGCAUUUGGGUACUUUCCAGACACAUGGGCCAAUAGCCAAGGUUAGUUAAUCCCAGCACUGCUGAUGUAAGUAACACUACACUAAAUGCCGCUUAAAGUAUUCGAUACAAUGCUUCAGGGAUGCUGGCGCCUGAGCACAUCGGAAGACUUACAAUCCAGAAGCCGCUGGUUCGGUUCAGUCUCCCGGCAUGCCGAUUGGAAUGAUGGGACGCAAUCUAGAUUUGAAGUUUUCGUGACUGCAGGGAUCCAUACUCUGUGGUUCUUUCGGUAAAGUCACCUACCUACGUGACUUUACCUGAAAGAACCAAAGAGUAUGAUGGGACGCGUUUUUGAAAUCCACCCCGCUCACUGUCCACCCAGCGGUACCCAUGGCAUCACCGCAGUUAGUCGACGUUUGCGUGUGGUGGGGUAAAGUGUUGGUUUUCCCACCUCUUACAGUGUGGAAGAGUAGGCCAAAACAUUCUCUCGGAGUAUCUCUCUUGAGGUCCCUCCAGUGGAGGCUGUUCCAGCAGAAGUGGCGUGGGCCAGCAGUUGCAGGGUUGCGCCUUUACAUUCGGCAAAUUCUUACGGCACAUGGAUGUUAGAAAUUUGCCUUUCAUUAGUACAUUUCUCACAUGCACGUGAUACACAAAAAAUCUCUCACCUUUCUCAAACGAUGGAAUAUAUUACAAAAAAAAUACGAAUACACACAUACUCUAUGUCACAUUGAUUAUUACGGUGUAAAAGUUAUAUCGGUAAUAUUUUGUAUCAGUAUGUGACUAAACGUGUGGUUAUAUGCUUAUUCAUAUUGAUGUAUUUAUUUAUUUAUUCAGAGUGUAAAAAGAGGCAGACUAGGCGGGGAUGAUCCUGGAAUAUGUGAGCAGUUGCAAUUCUCAUGACUCAGCGGAGAGACUAAAUUGAGGCUGGAAAGUUACUCGUUAUUGCUCUUUCCACCUACCCCGUGGAAAAACGUUAUAAAACUCCCAAAAUAAACGUUGCACAAAAUAAUUGUUCGUGCACAUAAAAUCACAUUAUGGCAGCCAGUACAUUGUACUGUGUACAGCUUGAACGAAAUGAAUAUCCGUCCAAGCAAUAGUAGUGAUAAUACUACUAAUAAAAACAGCAAUGCCAUUCAUUUGUUUAUCUGGGAAGUCUCGCUUGGACAAUGCCACCAAUGGAUGUGGCACGAUUCGGCGUGAUCCGUGUCUAGAUACCCCACUGAUUUGGAAUGACCCAUUUGCUCAACAAGUAAUUGCUGCGUGUCCUACAAAGAAGAACGUUAAAAAGAUGCAAUCCUGCAACACUGUUGAGAUUGGUGGUCGAGGCUUUGGGAAAUAAAAUGGGUUUUUUCUCAAGAGUGUAAAUUUUCCCUUGUUGUUUUUAGUGAGAUAAUCGACACAUGGAUCCCCCCUGCACUUGAAACGGUGAACACAUUACAGCGCAGAAAUCCUAACGCACAAAUUAAAAUACAAUUUCUUGACUUUCACCUCUGGGCCGCAUGAUUAUCGAGCAUCACAAAUGUGGCGGGUCCCUUUGAGCCGUUAUCCCUCCGUUUAAACUGGCGUCUUCUGUUAUAUAUGUUUUAAAAAUCUUCCUGAACACUAAACCUCCGCUGCGCUCAAUUUGGCGUGCGCACUGAAUCUCAAGAAAAAUCUCCACCGGCUCGGGUGUUCGACUCCCGCUCGCUCGCUCGCGUGCUUCCUUGUGUAAUUGUCCCCGUUCUGUACGCGCAGGGGGUGGUGGUGGUGGGGGGGGAUGCCUCUAUUGGAGCUGGAAUUGCAAAAAAAAAACCCGUUUCUGUUUGGAAGUGCGAGACAGCACCGCGUCUUGGCUGGAGGCAGUGGAUGUUUGCAAAAUGAUUUGGGGGGGGGGGGGGGGGGGGAAUCUGUACUUGGGAAGUUGCAUGAAUACGAUCGUGCUCGAUAGAACAAAAAAAAAGUCGACAAAAACUACGGAAGAAACAAGCGAUGAGAGUGAGGUUUCUUUUAGUUUUCUCGCGGAAUUCGAGUGGAGCUUGCUACGGGUCAAGUGCUUGAGACAAAGGGGCCGCUGCAGAAUACAAGAGGCGAGUACUUCAUGCGAGACUCGCUGCGGAUACAUGUAAAGUCGUUCUUUUCUUGUGCACUAAAUUAUAUUUUGAAUAUAAAUCACAGCUUUAAAAUACACAGGUAUUGUCCAUCUCAAGCCCGUGUAUAGUGGAAUUCAUAGCAAUAGAAUGCAUUUGCUCCGUUCUCUAUAUGU